AUGAAGGUCGCUUUCACCAUCGCUGCUCUGUCCGUUGCCGUCGCCGAGUAUUGUCAGGAUAUUUGUGAUGGUUAUUCUCCCUGUGCUGACUCCAAGUAUGGCUCCUACUGCAAGGGCAACGGUGUCUGCUUCGGUCUCUACCAUAAGGAUGAUGGUUACUGCUUCCAGCCGACCGAACAGGGCACCUGUGAUGACUACACGUUGGAGCCGGUGGCUUGUCCCGAGCCCACACCCACCUGUCAGGACGUCUGCAAUGAUAUGUCUCAGUGCCGCGAUUCCAAGUGGGGAUCGUAUUGCAAGACUUGGCAGAAUCCGGCGGUUUGUUUCGGUAUCAUCAAGAAGGAUGAUGGUUCUCUUUGCUUUGCCCCCACUGAUAGUGACUGCGAAGGUAUUCCUCAGCAUGACUAUGUUGGUCGAAUGUUCUUUCGGGUAGUUGCGCAAUCAAUCUAG